CUGCGCUUCCUGGCUGGGUAACCUGGGAAAUAGGAUGACAAAGUCCCCAAGGCGAGGUCAGCCUGAGGGUGGAAUGUCAGAACAGACAGGCAGGCAGGAGAGUGGCUCUCCUCCGUCCCUUUGGCUCCACCAGAAACUGGGAGUUCUCAGGCCUAGUUUCUCCCAGAACCACAGUAGUUGGCAACGAGGAGUUGACCCCGCCCCCUCCCCAAAUCAGCACCUCUCUAAAGGACUUGCGCACACCCACCCAGGCGGGGAGUGUAAAAGCAGUUGGUUCCCUGUGCACCCAGGGCCUGCUGGAUGAGUCUUUGGGGCUGAGGCCCAGGACUCCCAGCCUGAACACGUCCAGGGCUGGAAAAGGCUGCCCGGGAUUACAGGGCCGGCUCUCUGGCUGUCUCUCCUUCUCCCGCCCAAGGAUGUGCAGAGGGGGCGGGCGGCAAGUCUCAUCAGCGCUUUUAACUGGGCCUGCUCUUCAUGACUCACCUCCCAGACUUCCCGCAACAGGCAACCCUAAAUAGCUGGGACCCACCCUCCCAACAGGGAGACGUUCUUGUAAGGGGUGGGUAAGAGGUUACUACGUGGGUACCCAACAAGGCAGCAGCGGGGGAAGGGGCACUCAUACAGAUGGGGGAACCGCACGAACUGAACAGGGGCGCAGGUUGAAGACGUGUUGUUUACAGGCUUUUCUUACUAAGGAAAUUGCUGUCAGUCAAGAUUGUCCUCUGGGGCCGCACUGAGAAAUGCCUGAAAGAGACAACAGAGGAGAUUCGGCAGAUGGGCACAGAGUGCCACUACUUCAUCUGUGAUGUGGGCAACCGGGAAGAGGUAUACCAGAUGGCCAAAGCUGUCCGUGAAAAGGUACAGCCCAUAGGGACUGGCUGCCCUCACGGCUCCACAGCCCCCUCUUGCCCACAGGUGGGUGACAUCACCAUCCUGGUGAACAACGCUGCUGUGGUCCAUGGAAAGAGCUUGAUGGACAGUGAUGAUGAUGCUCUCCUCAAGUCCCAGCACGUCAAUACCCUGGGCCAAUUCUGGACCACCAAGGCCUUCUUGCCACGCAUGCUGGAGCUGCAGAACGGCCAUAUCGUGUGCCUCAAUUCUGUGCUUGCACUGUCGGCCAUCCCUGGAGCCAUCGACUACUGCACAUCGAAAGCAUCCGCCUUCGCCUUCAUGGAGAGCCUGACCUUGGGGCUGCUGGACUGUCCUGGUGUCAGUGCCACCACCGUGCUGCCCUUUCACACCAGCACUGAGAUGUUCCAGGGCAUGCGAGUCAGGUUUCCCAACCUCUUCCCACCGCUGAAGCCAGAGACAGUAGCCCGGAGGACGGUGGAAGCUGUACAACAAAACCAGGCCCUCCUCCUGCUCCCAUGGACCAUGAAUAUCCUCGUCAUCUUGAAAAGCAUACUCCCACAGGCUGCACUGGAGGAGAUCCACAGGUUCUCAGGGACAUAUACCUGCAUGAACACCUUUAAGGGAAGGACAUAGAGGAAGAGGCACCUGAGGAGCCAUGGAGCCUGAGAGGAGCCACGAUACCUGGGCACACACCCGUGUGCCUGUGCAUUGGCCCAUCUGCUGGGUGAGCAGGACUGUUCCUGUCCCCGGGGAAGAUUCUGCGGCUCCUAGGUCAACUCCAGGACCUUUGCAAGACUGAUGUGUGUGACUCUGACCCCCAUGGGGAGGCGAGAUGCCAUUUGGCAGCCACCUGACCACUUUGUGCGUUUCUCACUCUGUAGGGUUCAUUGUUAAAUUGCUUCUCCAGUCUAGCCCGCCUGAGCAGUAUGCAUCUGUGAUUUCCAGGAGAGUCUGCCCCCAGACACUCCGCCUUCCCCUCCAACCCUCUCACCCUCAGCUCGUGCAAACUGGUUAAAGGGCAGUAAUGAAUAAAGAGGUGGCCUUCACA